AUGAGAUCAUACUGUAUUUAACAACGUGGGUUUGAUUAUGCUGUUAAUGGACUCCAGCAAACCCGUAAGGUUACCUGAAGCAGGCUAUCACAUCUCCACAAACUCUUCACGAGCUUUCUCUUGCACACUCUGUGUGGCAUCUAACACUUUCACUGAUCAGGCUCAUGUUUCACCACCUUUUGAUUCAGCCUGCCAAAGUGACUAUUGUUCUUUGCAUUAAGUAUCUACGUGUGUGUCAUAGAGGGGGUUGAUUACCUGUUCUAUAUUCAAAGAUGACUCUGUGAGGGCUCCUUUUAUCUGGUUUCUGUUGUCCUUUCAGUCUCUCUUCGAGGAAAGAGGAGCUCCUGCUGCUUUGAGACGAGCAAGAACCAACAUGGAGAGCAGCAAGCCAGUGAAGGAAGUCCUCCCCUUUCCCCGGCUCCCAGCGACCUCUUCAUCCUCAUCCUUAGUGACUCUGGCUCAUGCUCCCGAAAGACAAACAAGGGGCUCCAUGCAGCAAAUUCACAUGGCCUCCUCAGGUACUUCACAUGUACAAUAUGCCCAUCACUGAAUCCUAUGCCUUCGGUUGGAGUUCAUUGAAAAGCAUGUACCUUCACAUUUUGGAUGAACAUGGUGACGUCGUUCAGCCAGCUGAAGCCACCAGAGAGAGACCUCACUCUGAUGUCCCACAAGAAGACAAUGAAGUCCCUGAAACAAGCUGGCAUCACAGCUGUCUUCACUGGACAACAGAAACAAGACAAUGAGGAGCUGGCAGAGGAGGUACCAAUUGUUGAUGUGAUCCUGGCUGACAUUGAGUCCCUAGUGCCUACUCACGAUGAGGCUGGACGCCCCAUUGCUGAGUGGAAACGCCAGGUGAUGGUGCGACAGCUGCAGACCCAACUGCAGGAUGAGGAGGAGCAAAGAAGACAGGACCUCAAUCACAGUUCCUCCCCUGUGGAUGGCUGGAAGUACUCCCAAACCCACAAUGCCAUCCUGGGGCCCUUUGGAGAGCUCCUAACUGAAGACGACAUUCAUUAUUUGCAACAGCAGAUUGAAAAUGUGUCCCUUCAGAAGUGCUACCAGGCCUAUGAGUUGGAGCUGAUCAGGUUGACAGAGGAACUGAGAUCUAUUCUACCUGAUCCUAUCUUAAACAUUUCACUCAACAAAGAGGCCCUGCAAGAAAUGGAUGCGCAGGAAAGUCUCUCGCUCCCGACUUGGUGCAGCCGCGUUUCAGAGAUUGUGAGGAGUAUGUCACUGCUGGUGGCCGGCCUAACUCUAACCACCGAGGAAGGAGCUAAGGGGGGUGUGGUGGAGGAUUUUCAGGAGGUACGGGAUGGUUUAGUGGUAGGCCCAGGCCAUGUGUUGCUGCAAAACACAAAUGGACGUAAGAUGCCACUCAUUGGUAUGGCUUUUGCUCAUGAGAUGAAGAGCUAUAGCAGAUCACACAGAGCUCAAGUGGAGAAGGAGAUCCGUCAGUUUGGAGUGUCGGUCAGAAACCUUAGAGCCAACUUCGAAGGUCAGAUAGGUGGCAUUUAUCCCUUUGCUGGAGUGGUGCCUGGCAACAACCAAAAGAACCAAUCUUCUGCACCUAACAAGCUAACCGAUUACCCUAAAAAAGUUCCACCUGUGAUCGAGACGACCAGUCUGAGGAAAGAACGUAUUGUUGUGUUGUUUCUGAGCCAUUGGAAGAAGUCAGCUUACGCUAUCUCAAUGCGAGCAGCAAGGCAGGACCAGGAUGUAAAAUCAGAAGCCCAAAAAAGUGUCCCAUCCAUGUUUCUCUUCUGCCAAAAACGAGGUGCCGUGGAUAAGAUGUUAAACUCCUGGAGGAAUAAACUCCAGGUGAAUGACGCUCACAUGUCCUAUUUUUCAGCCAGCACCCCCGAAAACCCAUCCCCUGUGUAUUCCCCGGAACAAUUCCUGCCAGAUGUGGACCACGAUAGCUUGACACUGGACCUCUUUAUGCUGGGAUACUUCCACAUCCUGGAACAGGGGCUGUCACAAGAAGAGAGGAAAAUGAGGCAUCUGCUCUGCUUCGAAGUCUUUGACCACGUUGGGACUUUCCCCUGGGAGAAGGUUAGGGACUUCCACAAGGCUGUACUUCAGGAAAUCCAAACCGGGAGACGACAGUGGAGGGACGGCUUUGACGACAUCAAAGUUCGCUUCUUUGGAGACUUAAGACCAUCAUCAGAUUCCACACCGGUGCCUUUGGUUGUAGUUGAAGGUGCUUCGCCAGAUGUAGGCCGCAGUGACAUGGACUUAUCGUGUUUCAACAAUGAAGACAUUUGUAAAUAUAUUGAUCGCAGUUUUGCUUUCUGGAAGGAGAAGGAGGCAGAGCUCUUUGAUUUUGAACGCUAGCGUAACCAUUUUGUUUGUGUACUAACUGUGGAAGUUUUCAUACAAAAUA